GUCGCCCGAGCCCCGUCCAAAUGGACCGAUCCUGUCGAACGCCACAUCGAACAAAUAGAGCCCCAUAUUUUAUUUCGAACACGUCCGUCAAAAACUGCCCCCGUGGGACAGAAACGGCUAUUUUUGACGGAGGUGUUCGAAAUAGAACCAUGAUCGAACAGGGGGCGGGGUUUUGGGAUCGGUCCAUUGUGAAGGGGGCAGAUUUUCAGCGAAAUCUACAGCCGAUGUUGAAAUUUGCGAACUCUGACCGACCCAGAAAUUCGCAUGAAUGGUAAAGCCGGCUCGGCAUCUUAUUAGCAGUCUUGUUUGGCGGACAAGUUCGCGGUAUACGAGACAGAAUGUCUCGCACGACAUACCAUCGUUUGACCAUGAGCCAAUUUCUGAAUUUUUCUGCCUAAAAAUGCUCAUUACAAACUGACGUAAUGUAUCUAUGUCACAGUGAUGAACAUCACAAGACUCCUCGGGGCCUUCUGGGUAUGAAUAUUCCCUGCUUUGAUCUCGUAUGAGUUUCCUGUUGGUCGCCAGAGGCCAGGGAACUUCAAUCAGGAUACUUCAAUGCGGCAGCUGUCUGUGCAAUCUUUUAGCGCUCGCCCACGCCCCCUCUUGUUAAUCGGUUGGUACGGUCCAGCGCUGGCAGUUGACAGUGGUGUGAGAGACUAGAGAGGCACCUCUGUGCGUUUGCGACCGAACCUGGAGAGGCUAACUUCACGGCCUGGCGUUUCUGUAUUGUCAGCAUGUUCUUUUUAACCCUCGUCCACGUCCCUUCUUGUUAAUCGGUUGGUACGGUCCAGCGCUAGCGGUUGACUGUGGUUCCAGAGAGGCACGUUUGCGACGGAACCUGGGCAUCAAACCUGCGAGCCUGGCGUGUCUGUAUCGCCAGCAUGAACUUUUUGUCCAUCAUAGGGCCCUAUAUCGGACAGACAACCUCGUCACACGUGGAUUUACUCCCGACUUACUGCAAUGGUUGGGUGGAAUCUCUGGACAGCCUGUCAGAGUUGGUGUCACAGACUCAGAUGGGUGAGAAGCUGAACAAAGACAUCAAUGCGAACGGGGACCUCAGUACCACGCCGCCGGUGGCCGCGGAGCCGGAGGAAAUCUUCGUCCUGCCGGGUACAGUCACCACAGACGAUCGGGGCGGGCUGUCACCCUCCACCGAGAGACUAGACGAUGCCAGAUCGUCCACCUCCAGACCAUCUUCCGUGGCCAGCGGCAUGUUGCCCGGAUACAGGACGAUAUCUGCGUCAAUCGGCAUGGGAAACGUUGCCAUAGAAACGCUGUCAGUCAGGGACCCUGUUUUCGACGACACCAUCGACUAUGAGGACGAGUGCAACGACAGAGUUUUCACCCAGAUCAACACCUACACGCACCAGCAGAUAUUCCAGGAGCAGGAGAAAUACGACGGCAACGAGUGCAGCCUGGACAUGAUCGCGAGGUACGUCGGGAUCGUGCUCUUGGUAGGAUUCAUCAUCGGCGUCAUCGUUGCCAUCGUGCUUGCCGUCGGCAAAUAAAGCCGUUAAAAUUUGAACCCAGCUGUGCAUGCGUUGAUUGGAUCGUCUUGAACUUUGACCUGAUGAGAGCGCACGCUUGCACCAAUGGGAUCACUGGAAACUGCAAACUUGGACCAUGAACUGUCAUGGGGAUGGAACUGUUGCCAUGGUAAUGGAACUGAUGUCAUGGCGACGGAAUAGUAGUCAUGGUGAUGGAACUGAUGUCAUGGUGAUAGAACUGUUGCUAUGGUAAUGGAAGUAAUGACGUGGUAAUGGAACUGUACGUCAUGACGCAGAAAACAGAACUUCUCAUGGUGUGUGGAAGGGAAAAUGUAGGAUAAGAUAAUUUAUCUUCAAUGAUAUUUGAAGAUAAGAAACCACUGAAGUGACCUUUUCUUGCUAAGGAAUACUACACCAUCUUUGCUUCUCUUCACUUUCUUGGUACUUUGCAUCCAUGCUCAUUAAAGUCCUUGUAAAAGCAAGAUUUAAUUAGUGCCUCCUUGCUCGAAUGGGGUCAUGGAUUUCGACAUAUGUGCUGCAAUUUGUAAAGUACAUGAUGAUGAUGUAAAGUACAGCAGGAGCUCUAUUUUCUAACGGAGAUUUAUAAAAUUCGUUUGUGCAGCGAAGGUUAUGUACGGACGACAUCUUACACCUUUUGUAUAUAGGAUAGAGUUGCUAAUAAUCAGAGGAAUGUUUAUAUCUGAUAUCUUUAUCAUGUCUGAAGUAUGGCGUAAAUAAUCGUGGCCCUCUCAUGGAAUAUAGAGCAUCAAUGUUAAUGAAAAAUUGUGAUGCUGAA